GUGACGUCAAAUCAACCCUGCUGAUUGACAAGUUAUGUGCUACAUCUGCAGUUGCGUCGCAUGGGGACUAGACCUUUUACAAAGGGUAAUCACCUUCGGGUUAACGUGCAUCCUCUCGUGCGCAGUUUGCUUCGGCCUGGCCAUCGCCAUCAUCGCUGGCGUCGCCUAUGGGUACAACUACUCCAUGGCUGAAUUCAUCACGUUUCAACGUUCUGACGUUACAGUCUUCAUGCGACGUGGACAGUUCUACGACAAGCCGGAAAUAUCUUCCAGGUAUAGGAGAACUGGAGACGAGGAUGAUCUGUUUGGCACAAACAUCACGACCGACUAUGAAGACUCGAAGCCCCCAGCGCAGAGCAAGCCUCUAGCAGACACGUGGCUGAAGACGCAGGACACGAGGAAGUACGCCGAGAUCCUGACCAGGUACAACCCCAACAAGAGGCAGGAGGCGGAAAGUGCACUAGCGCGGGAAAUGGAGACACAGGAACCUGAACUAGUCAAAGAGCAGCCUAUUCAGGCGCAGGCACAACCAGCAGCAGUACGUUUUAGGCCUACUCCUGAAUCUCCCGUGAUAUCGAUAAUCCCCAACCCUAUGAUUCCUACCAUGGCCUGGCGAAGUGGUUCAUCGGAGAUCGUGAUGAGGAACUUCCAACCUCUGCAUGACUUCACGACGGCGAAGAAAUUCACGAAUAUGCCAGAAAAUUUGUUCCCGACUAGGGUAACGGGACCAAAGUCUAUACCGAUCUUAAGUCCUAAAGAACAGGCGAAAGAAUCUGCUGACGACAAGCUGCGCGAUGAAUUCCAUAAAAGUUACGUGCCAAUGCGCGUGUGGGGGACGACAGCGCGCGCCGUCAUCCCCGACGACCCUGACGAUGUUGAUGAAGACGCCAUCGUCUACAAACCCGUGUAGCCACGGUAUGCUUGCAGGAGGAACUAGGUACACAUUAUGAAAGGUUUCAUACACUACGAAUGAUAUUUUACUUGUUUUGAAUCCUCAAAUAAAGGUAACAUAAUCAUUUA